AUGGCUGAGAUUGUCGGUUUUACAGCAAGCAUUAUCGCUAUCGUGGAGUUGGUCAGAAAAGCGACCACUUUGAGUUACGAGUAUCUUCGCGGGGUAAAACGAGCGCCAAAGGACCUAGGAGAUCUUGUAUGCGAGUUAGGGUCCCUUGGAAAAGUCCUGAUUUCGGUCCAACAUAUAGCAGAUCAGAACACCCAAAAGUUACACGUACUGCAUUCACUCGGUCUCAAUAAUUGCCCAUUACAUGGAAUUGCUGCGGAACUGAAUAUGGUCAUAUCAAAGCUUGAAUCUGCGAGUAAGGCAGGGUUUAGGGGAUCCGUGGAGAGGCUAAAAUGGCCUUUACAAGAGGCAGAAACGAUGCAACACAUAUCGCGAAUUGAACGGUAUAAGGCAUUAUUCAUAUUUGCUUUGAGUGCUGAUCAAAUAUCGCUUUCAAAUGACCUCACGAAAAGCCUCCAGAAAACAGACCUCAACAUCCAACAAAUUGAGAAACUUGCCCAAAAUACAAAUCUAAGUAUUCGGGAUAUCAACAGCUUGGUUCGGGGCACAAACCUGUCCGUCGAAGCCGUCCAGAACAUCGUCGAGAACACGAGUCUCACACUGAAUAAUAUCCAAAUACUUGCAGAGGGGACCAGUUUCUCCGCGCGCAAUGCCCAAGAACUUACUCGAGACACGAAUUUGGUUGUUCAAGACAUUAGGAGAGAUUUAAGUCGCAUUAAUCUUGCCAUUCAAGAUAUGCAACUUAGCUCUGAAAGUCGACCUUUGUCGACGAAGAAUAUAGAUACUCAACAAUGCGCGGAGAAACGUAAGUGUGUGCUGGAUUGGUUAUCAUCAGAAAACUUUCACAGUAAGCACGAUGAAAUCAGAAAACGGAGGCAACGGAAUACAGCUCAAUGGAUUUUACAAAUACCCGAUUCUUCGGUGAUUGAUCAUCUAAAAUCUCAGGCAGCAUCAGAGGGCUAUGGUGUGGCCUACUUAUAUUUCGAUUAUCAGAAUCUUGAUCAACAGAGCCCUGAAAAUGUCAUUGCCAGCCUUAUAAAACAGCUAGCGUAUCAGUUACCUAGCCUUCAUGCUGGGAUCGAGACUCUCCAUGCGAAAUGUCAGCACGAAGGGAGGAGACCUGAUAUCGAGGAGAUAUAUUCGACCUUACUCGAAGUUACACAUUCUUUUCCUCAAACAUAUUUUGUUUUCGAUGCCCUAGACGAGUACGAUGAGAAUAACCAACGGGAUGAGCUCCUUGAAUUAUUUCAUUCCAUGUCAAGCGACAGGAUGAAUAUAUUCAUAACUAGUAGACCUUACCCCGAGGAUGUCCAAGAAUCACUUCGAAAUGCAGUAAAAAUAGAUAUUUUGGCAAGGAAAGAAGAUAUACGUCUUUAUAUCAAGGAGAAAAUUAGCAAGAACCCGCGUGCAAAGCGCCUUUGUCAAGGAAAUCGUAAUCUUGAAGAGAGGAUUAUAUCUGAGCUUGUAGACUGUUCUCAAGGGAUGUUUUUGUUAGUUCAUUUUCACAUUAAGUAUAUUUGCGAGCAAACGACAAAAAACCAAAUUAUGGUAAUGCUGGAAAGACUCAAGAAUUCUCCUACGAAGGAAAGACCAUUAGAUCCAACAUAUAACAGGGCCAUGGAGAGCAUCCGUAGGCAAGGCGGUUCUUGUCUUGACUUGGCUUUGAAAAUCUUCGUAUGGUUAGUCAAUUCUCGGCGAACCCUUACUAUAGAAGAGAUACAGAUUGCGGUAUCUAUUCAAGAGACUUCAUUUGUUCUAGACGACGGAGGUUUCCCAGAUAGGUUUACUCUUCUCGGAGUUUGUGCUGGCCUAGUCAUUAUCGACGAAAGUAGCCGAACCGUCCGGCUAGCCCAUUACACAGUUAAGGAAUAUUUCAUCAGGACGUCCGUCACCUCCCCACUAGAUUCAGCCUGCGAAGUCGUUAAUACUUGUGUUACCUAUCUCCUAUUCGAUGUGUUCACUGAGGGUGCCUGUGUGUCGAAUGAUGAGGUUAGAGCUCGAUACAAGUCAUGCCAAUUUUUUGACUAUUCAGUGCGUUAUUUGAGCAGUCACCUGGUGAUAUGUGACGAGGAGCUAUCAAAAGAUAUCGUUCACUCAUUCGUAACGUCACCAGGUAAUGUAUCCUCUUACCUACAGGCCAAAAACUUUCCAGAAAACUCGGGAAAACACACAGGCUAUGAUAGUUUCCCAAAAGAACAACGACCACUACACAUAGCAGCUGCUCUUGGUCACUGUAAAGUCAUCGAGAUGUUAUUAGCUGUUGGGAGUAUUAUUUCAGUCCUGGAUAGUCAUAAGCAAACUGCUCUCCACGUUGCGGCGUCCGAGGGUCAAGAACUUGUGGCUGAGUUACUUAUUCAGAAGGGAAUCGAUACAUCAAUUCAUAAUCAUCAUGGCCAGACCGCGUUGCAUCUGGCAGCACUCAAAGGCUAUGAAGAAGUUGUUCGAGUUUUACUCUGCAAUGGAGUCGACAUCUCGGCUUGCGACUACCUUGGGUAUACGGCACUUCAUUAUGCAACUAUCGGCGAUCUCAAUACCAGUCUCAGUCCCAAAACAUCCGAUCCUAAUUCCCUGAGGGGCGUUGGAGUGGUUCGAGUUUUACUUGAUAACGGAGCGAGUACUUCUUCGAAGACUAAUAGUGGGCGUACAGCGCUCCACAUGGCUGCUUAUCGGGGGAACGAGAAGGCUACCCGGCAACUAUUAUCGGUUUUGAACUCUAUUGAAGCUUCGACCCAGGAUAAUUCCGGACAAACCCCUCUGCACCUUGCUGUUUCAAGACGGAACGAAAAUAUCAUCCAGAUAUUAGUUGAAAACAGAGUAGCCGAUUUCUCAAUAGUAGAUAACAAGGGAUACACGGCUUUAGACAUUGCCACCAAGAAAGGGCACCUAGAACUAUCACGGUAUCUUCUCGAAAAUGGGGCAGUUGAGUCAGAUAAAUAUCCAGUCGGAAGGAGAAUAUGUAAUAUGAAUUCUCGUUGGACCUCCCAACUAUUUGAUAUCAUUACAACUUCAACCGAGAUUAUUAUCUCGAGUCAGGCGCACAAAAUUCAUCUCGAUUCAGUCAAGAACCUUCUCGAAAAAGAUGCCAGCAUCUCCGCUUUAGAUCCAUAUGGGGAGAAUAUACUGCACCUAGCUAUUAAGCAUGAAGCUGGUCUAGAUGUGAUUAAACUUCUUCUCGAACGAGGCGCCGAUAUCUCUGCAUUGGAUAAACAUGGUGACAGCAUGCUGCAGUUAGCUAUAAAGCGUAAAGCUUUGCCAGGUGUACUUACGGUCAAACUACUCAUCGAAAAAGGCGCGGACGUCUUGACUUUAGAUCAGGACGGAAAUAGUGCGCUACAACUAGCUAUCAAGCAUGAAGCUGGUCUAGGUGUGAUUAAACUUCUUCUCGAACGAGGCGCCGAUAUCUCUGCAUUGGAUAAACAUGGCGACAGCAUGCUGCAGUUAGCUAUAAAGCGUAAAGCUUUGCCAGGUGUGCCUACGGUAAAACUACUCAUCGAAAAAGGCGCGGAUAUCUUGACUCUAGGCCAAGACGGAGAUAGUGUGCUACAACUAGCUAUCAGGAAUGAAGCUGGCCCAGACGUGAUCGAGUUUCUUCUAAAAAAAGGCGCAGACAUCUCUGGAUUAGAUAAAGACGGAAAUAGUGCUCUACACCUAGCUCUCAGGUGUAGAUAUGACCGAUCUAUGGUCGAGCUUCUCAUCGAAAGAGGCGCGGACAUCUCUGGAUUAGAUCAAGACGGAAAUAGUGCUUUACACCUAGCUCUCGGGUGUGGACAUGAGCGAUCUAUGGUCGAGCUUCUUAUUGAAAAAGGCGCUGACAUCGCUGGUCCGGAUACGUAUGGAUAUAGUGUGCUUCACCUCGCUCUUAAGUAUAAUAGGUACCAAGAUGUGGUCAUGUUCCUUAUCGAAAGAGGCGCCGACAUCUCUUGUUUAGAUCCAUAUGGAAACAGCGUGCUAUCCUUGGCUAUCAAGUACGAUGCUAGCCCAGAUGUGAUCAAAUUAAUUAUUAAAGGAAGAGGUAGGAGAAUGUUUCGACGGAGGCAGCUUGUUAAAGAGUAG